AUGGCAAAUAAUCCAACAUUCAAACCUUCACCUCUGUCCUUUGGUGGACAGAGGGCGUCGCCCUUCCGGCGACCCUCCACGCCCAAUUCCCCACCGUCAGCCCCAGGUCGUCCAGCAACACCAGGGAGCUCUCCGAGUAGGGGGUACACCCCGAUGGUGUCGCCAAGCAAAUUAAACCAGACAUAUACGGUGGAAGAUAGGGAAUCAGUCUCUCCACGGGCGGAACCUAUCCCGCAACCAAAAUUCACUCGUGAACUUCCUCCCUCUCCCACCAAAAGAGCGCGAUCACCUGGCCAUGCGUCGCCAAUAAUAGGUAGAGCUAGUGGGGCAGUUGCUACAACAGCCGACUCUUCCUCAAAGAUACCACCAGCUCAACUGAGAGAGAUCCGCGAGGCAUUUCAAGUUCUCGAUAGAGAUAACGAUGGGCUCGUCAACAAAGAUGACGUCGCUGAUGUUUUGACAAACUUGGGGCAAGAUGCCAACCCUUCAACCCUUUCACGAUUCUUCCCACCUGGAGCUGAACAAAAGAUCAACUUUGCGACCUUUUUGAAUACCUUAUCACAAUUGAUGGCCCCGAUGUCAUCAUCCCAGGACCUUCUCAACGCCCUGGCGGCAUUCGAUGACGAGGACAACGGUCAGAUUGACGUGGCAGAAUUACGUGACGCUUUAUUACACACGGCUCCGGAAGAUGGAGGAGCUCCAUUGACAGAGCGAGAAAUCGAUGAGGUUUUAAAUGGGUUUACUGGACGGCGCGCGUUUGGAGGUCGAAGUGCCAAAACAGGUGGAAUAGGUAAGAGAGGAGAGGUCUUCCAAUACCAUGACUUUGUUCGCAGCAUAGUUGGAGGAGAGAAUGGCAACAAUGGCAAGCGAGAGGCCGGUACCGCUCCAGCUUGA